GAGAAAUGACCCUGCUAUCUAAUCUUCGAUCUUUUACGGAAAACCAUAAUUGUUUUGGGCUUCUGUGUAUGAAGCAAAUCUCAGCCAUUACCUAGUUUGGUGCUCGACAAUCUUAUCAAAUGUCAUCGUAAUUAUUGCCGAUGAUAACAGGCAAUCUGUGAAAAUAGUAUAUUGUUCGGUUUACGAAAGAUGGUGUAUAUACGGCCAGACGAUCCACUUCAGCGCAAAAUUGCGGUCCACAGUCAUAAAGAGGGAAAAAAGCUUGAAUGGCACCAUUUUUUGGAAAUUGUGCUGGGAAUCGUGGGAUUCAUAAUCAUUACGAUAUAUCUGAUCAGGAAAUGUUUGGUACGAAGACGUUACAAAUCAUCAAGCAAAGUCAAAAGAAAACAACGUAAGCGGCACAAACCACAACCAAGCCAUGCCUUGCAAAUCGAACCACCAGUUUAUACCACUCAAAAUAGCGUUUAUUUGGUACCCUUUAGCGCUUUGCCUCCAAACUUCGAUUUUUCAGCAAGUGGUGUCGAAGUCAAGAGUGAUUACGUGAUAGUCAAAGAUCUAGAAAUCCUCAACAUAUAUGGAGCAAUAUGCCACAGAUCGCCGGAAGAGUACCAACAGCCUCCGCCAUAUAACCCCAACUUUAUAUAAAAAAUGCUACCUCAGAGAAUGAGUUGAGAACUUGUUUUCCAUUCGUUGAGGAAAUUGUAUCAGAAGAAAACUACUCUCGCUCUAGAGUAAUACUUGAAAGGAAUGGGGGAUUGGGAACUUGACUUUUUUAUUCUAUUAACUUGAUUACUUAUUAUAUAUAUAAAGUACAAAAUCUACUCCAAUAAUUGCUAUAUCCCUAGCGUGAUUUUAAUGAAGCUAAUUAUCUAUAUUCGUACAUUAACAAUAACAUUGAGAUGUUGAAUAUACAAUAACUACAUAAAAAAACUUUCAUAAAGAUUGCGUAAGCUUUAGCAUUACAGUUAUAUGUAGAUUGUCACUACGAAACGAGUGACACGUCAGUUUCUCCAUUUGCUAUUUUUAAAACAAAAAUUAUUAUCAUGAUGAAUUACGAGUAUUUACCUUAGUGUCAUGUUGUAUAUUUAUAGUUGAAAGGUAACAUGUUUGUGAAUAAACGCAAGGAAAUAAAAUUUUGCAAUAAUGAUAGACACCAUAUUAUUUGGAUCGAAUACCGCUUUUAUACCACUUUAAUUAUUUUACAACCCUGAAUUUUGUAUGCUACCUAUAGGGCAAUAAAGUAAAGCCAUG